GCUUUUAUUGUGAAAUUGCGUGUCGCUCAUCAGCACGUCUAGGUUUUUUUUUUGGGCGGGCGUUUCUUCUUCACGCGCAGCACCGAGGAGGAGGAGGAGGAAAACAGAAAAUGGCGGACGGUGUUGAUCACAUCGACAUUUACGCCGAUGUAGAAGAGGAAUUUAAUCAGGAGUCAGAUUAUCCUGUUCAUGAGCAGAUUGACCUGUAUGAUGAUGUCAUCUCACCAUCUGCCAACAACGGGGACGCACCUGAGGACCGAGAUUACCUGGACAACCUGCCUGCGCCGGGAGGAUCCGAGGGGAACAAAGGAGCUCCGCCGAACGUCGUCUACACCUACACUGGCAAAAGAAUCGCUCUGUACAUCGGCAACCUCACAUGGUGGACCACUGAUGAAGAUUUGACCGAUGCUAUUCGCUCAGUAGGAAUCAAUGAUGUGCUGGAGAUCAAGUUUUUUGAGAAUCGAGCAAAUGGCCAGUCAAAAGGGUUUGCUCUGGUCUGCGUGGGUUCAGACUCCUCGUCCAGGAAGUUGAUGGAUCUGCUGUCCAAACGGGAGCUGCACGGACAAAACCCGAUCGUCACCCCUUGCAACAAACAGUCGCUCAGCCAGUUUGAGAUGCAGUCACGAAAAAUUUCUGUCCACCCAGGCACACAGUCCGGGCAGAUGUCGGGAGAGGGGAAGGCCGGGCCUCCAGGCAUAGGAUCUCGCAGUGGCUUCCCUCUUGGCAAGAAUCGAGGGCGCUUCCCCACCCCGCCUGGCCCGGGAGGAGACCGCUUUCCUGGACCUGGUGGACCUGGUGGACCUCCACCACACUUCUCAGGUAUGCAAGGCCCGCCGCGUCCUCCCACAGGCCCACCUGGGCCUCCAGGACCCCCUGGCCCCCCUCCACCUGGACAAGGACUGCCGCUGCCCCUCGGAGGUCCUCCUAACAGAGGAGACCGUCCUCUUCCACCCGUCAUGUUUCCUGGUCAGUUUGGUCAGCCUCCUAUGGGACCGAUGCCUCCUGGCCCGCCCCCACCUGGAUAUGGGCCUCCCCCAGGCCCCCCUCCACUGCAGCAGGGUCUGCCCCCUCCGGGACCCUUCCCUCCCCGUCCACCUGGGCCAUUAGGACCCCCGCUUGGCCUCGUGCCUCCACCACACAUGCAAGGACCCCCGCCUGGAGGUCCACCGCCGGCCCCUCAUGUCAACCCGGCCUUCUUCCCACCGCCUGGAAACAACAACAUGCCAUCGUCGGACAGCAGGGGCCCACCCCCGGGUGACAUGUACGGCCGCCCGCCUCCAUAUGACAGAGACUAUGGCCCUGGCGGCAGUAACUUCAGACCCCCUGUAGUAUGUGGCUUUGAGCCCUGGAUAAACGAGGGGUUGGUUGAUGUGAAAAACUCUGGCCAGCACUUGCACAGUACAAGUGAUCAAGGGGACUUGGAUUCGUCUCGCGCUCCUCUGAGCGAAGCUGAGUUUGAGGAGAUCAUGAAUCGUAACCGAGCAAUCUCCAGCAGUGCUAUCUCGAGGGCUGUGUCAGAUGCAAGUGCAGCUGAUUACGGCAGUGCUAUAGAGACUCUGGUGACGGCCAUCUCUCUGAUCAAGCAGUCGAAGGUUUCUGCUGAUGACCGCUGUAAAGUUCUCAUCAGCUCACUGCAGGACUGCUUGCAUGGAAUCGAGUCCAAAUCCUAUGGCUCUGCAUCAAGCAGGCGGGAGCGGUCCAGGGAGAGGGACCACAGUCGCUCUAAUGAGAAGCGUCACCGCAAGUCUCGCAGCCGAGAUCGACGCGAGGACUAUUACAGGGAGCGCAGCCGCGAGAGAGACCGCCAUCGUGACCGUGACCGCGAGAGAGACAGAGAACGUGAGCGGGAAUAUCGCCGUUAGUUGGAGAGGAAGCUGAACGCAAGAGGAGGAGGAGAGACGUCAGGAGCAACGUGGAUUCAUCCGACAGCGUCACGGAGAGCGCCGGACUCCGGACACACUCUGCAGCGCUAGAGUUCUGUAAAAUAUGAUACACUCAUUCUUAAUUCCUGACAGCUCUUUUUUUAUUUUUUACUUUUAUUUGGAAGUAGCUGUGUGCUAAAGUCAGUUCAGCAAAAGAUAAUUUUUUGCCUGCUUGUUCGAAACACAAAACAACUUUCCAACUGCUAUAAUGUUGUAAAUUGUCAGUUAGCUAGAUUUGUUUUUAUAGCAUCCUCUUUUUGGUUUCAUGUUUCAUCCCUUUUCCCUUCUUCCAUAUAAUGUUUGUAAGUGUCUUUUGCCUUGAUUAUUAAAUAGAAUCUGUGUUGUAAUAAAGUGUGUACUGAGGUUGUUGCUUGUUUAUAUUUGAUCUGCUAGUCUGGGAACUUUAAGCCAGCCAACUCUUUAUUUAUUGUUCAGAAUUGCACAUUUCCAAAACUUGUCCUACUUGAAUAUCAGAUUAAUUGGUUUGAUUAAAGAACCACAUUUCAGGUUGUUUGACAUCUUAACUUUCUAUAAACACUGUGCCAUUGUGCCUUUUCCAAUUUUACCCAAUUUUAUGAGAUUAUGGGUUAAUUUGUGAAGUAUCUGUUGUAAUUCCUGUUCACAUUUUAAAUUAUUUGUCAGUUCAUACAGGGUUUAAAUUUUCAGUGGUUUUCUUGAUUGUAAUUGGAGCUCUACAAUUCAAAUCUAAAAUAUGCUAAAUUUCUAUAGUCCUAUUUUUGUGUUUAAAUCAGGUAUGUUUCGUAAAUAUGAUCCAGUUCAAAAUUUUCUGCAUUUGUAAUGUCUAUCUGACAUCCCUGACUCCCAUGUGUGCAUUGCUUUGUGUAUAUAACUAAUCUUCGUGUGUGUGUGUGUAUAUAGGACAUAUUAUAAUUUGUUCCUCAAUAAGUCUCCUCUUAUGUUUGAUUCUGCUAGAUAUCGAAGGAAAAGUUCACCCAGAAAUGGAAAUAAUGCGGUUUUUACUCGCCCUUAGUCCAUCCAAGAUGUAGAUGAGUUUUCUUCAUCAAAACAGACUUGGAGAAAUUUAACAUCACAACACUUUCAGAAUAUUAUUGAUUGAGGAAUCAUUUGAAGUUAAAAAUGUCUCGAUGGAUUUGUUUCUUACAAAACUGUAGUGUUUCACUUCACAAGAUGUUAGUUGAUGGACUGGAGUGUUUUCUUCCGCUGCUUAGACUCUCACUCUGACGGCACCCAUUCACUGUAAUGAAAUGCUAGAUUUCUCCAAAUCUGUUCCCAUGAAGAAACAAUAUCUUCUAUAUCUUGGAAGUCCUGAGGGUGGGUACAUUUUCAGCAAAUAUUCGUUUUUUUGGGUUGACUGUUUCAGUGAGCUUUUAUAGCUUUAUGCAAAUUUGGUUCAUUGUAAAGAGUUUCCAAUUUCUGUUCACAAAUUGUAAAAAGGUCAGUUUUCUAUAUGUAGACUGCUUUCAGCAGCUGUUUGUUAGUGAUGUAAUAAGCAGCAUUUCAAUAUGCAAGGGUAUCACUGCUUAAUGUAAAUAUUCAGGUACUUUUAUUUUGAAACUUUGAAUGCAUAAAGACAUUUGAGAAAUGUACUUUUGGGUAUUUGACACGUGACAUGACCUGUGCAUUGGUCUCUGCAUCUGAUUGGAUGAAAGAUUAAGGUUAAUGUAAACUCAGUUGCUCACUUGAGGCCUGUGGGCUUUUAUUGGUGUGUUUUUGAUGGUUAAUCACUGUCAACUAGAGUAGGUUCAAUGUUGGAGUAAUUCUAGUGGUUCUUGCAACUGCAUCCUCUGGUAGUGAGGUGGACAAGCAUCUACGUUGUGCGUUUCUUUCAUCAUAACCAUCUGGACUGAGAGGUAAGUCCAUUUUGCCUUAAAAAAAAUAUUGGUACGCUUGUGCAUCUUGUAGUCUUGUUUAGUUUUUGUAUACCAGAGCAUUGCAGCUUGUUUACAGCUAAAGUUUAUUCAGGUCUUGCUGUUAGUUGCAUUUUCCUCCAUUGUUUAUUGACAUUUGAAGCGGUUCGGUCCACAUAUAUAAUUAUUUGCACUAGAUUCAUGACUGAUGUGGGCUACCUGAUGUAAAUAUAUUCAUAUUUACUAUUACAGAAUAUUUUUGCCAAUCAAUAAAUUAUUUCACACUA